AUGAAGACACUACUGACCAUCCUGACUGUGGGAUCCCUGGCUGCUCACACCACUGAGGACACAUCUGGUCUCCUUCGACACGUGAAAUUCCAGUCCAGCAACUUUGAAAACAUCUUGACGUGGGAUGCUGGGCCAGCUAGCGCCCCUGACACGGUCUACAGUGUGGAAUAUAAGAAGUACGGAGAGAAAGAGUGGCUGGCCAAGGCUGGCUGCCAGCGGAUCACCCAGAAGUUCUGCAACCUGACUGUGGAGACCCGAAACCAUACCGAAUUUUACUACGCCAAGGUCACGGCAGUCAGCUCGGGAGGCCCACCGGUCACUAAGAUGACUGAUCGCUUCAGCUCGCUGCAGCACACUACCAUCAGACCACCCGAUGUGACCUGUAUCCCCAAAGUGAGGUCCAUUCAGAUGCUGGUCCACCCCACGCUCACACCCGUCCUCUCGGAAGAUGGCCACCAGCUAACCCUGGAGGAGAUUUUCCAUGACCUGUUCUACCGCUUAAAACUGCACGUCAACCACACCUACCAAAUGAACCUUGAAGGCAAACAGAGAGAGUAUGAGUUCCUUGGCCUGACGCCCGACACAGAGUUCCUCGGCUCCAUCACAAUUUUGACUCCAAUACUGUCCAAGGAGAGCGCCCCCUACACGUGCCGAGUGAAGACGCUGCCCGAUCGGACGUGGGCCUACUCCUUCUCGGGUGCAGUGCUGUUCUCCAUGGGUUUUCUCGUCGGCUUGCUCUGUUAUCUGGGCUACAGAUACAUUACCAAGCCACCUGUACCUCCUAACUCCCUGAAUGUCCAGCGUGUCCUGAGCUUUCAGCCCCUACGUUUCAUCCAGGAACACGUGCUGAUCCCUGUCUUGGACCUCAGUGGCCCCAGCAGUCUACCUCAGCCCAUCCAGUACUCCCAAGUGGUGGUGUCUGGGCCCAGGGAGCCACCUGGAGCUGGGCGGCGGCGGCACAGCCUGUCUGACCUCACCUAUGUAGGGCAGUCAGACGGCUCCAUCCUCCAGCCUACCAAUGGGCCAGCUCAGCAGACACUGUCCCCACCAUCCUACGCUCCAAAGGCUCUCCCUGAGGUGCAGCCCCUUUCCUAUGCACCUCAGGUAGCCUCAGAUGCCAAAGCUCUGCUCUACUCACCACAACAGGGGAUAAAGACUGGGCCUGCCACCUACGACCCGCAAGACGUUCUGGACAGCUGGCCUGCUUCCUAUGCUGUGUGUGUGGAAGACUCUGGCAAAGACUCCACCCCGGGGAUCCUCUCCAGUCCCAAACACCUCAAGCUCCAGGAAGACACACUUGUUAGAAGCUGUCUCCCAGGGGACCUUUCUCUGCAGGAAGUCACCUCCUUGGGUGAGGAGGAGGCACAGAGACCAAAAUCACUUCCUCCACCUCUGGGGUUCUGCACAAACGGACCUGACCUUCACACAUUGCACAGUGAGGAACCAGAGACACCUCGGUACCUGAAGGGGGGGCUGUCCCUCCUGUCCUCUGUGCAGAUCGAGGGCCACCCUGUCUCCCUCCCUUUGCACCUCCAUUCUGUCUCAUGUUCCCCCUCAGACCAGGGACCAAGCCCCUGGGGCCUGCUGGACUCCCUUGUGUGUCCAAAGGAUGAGGGUCCAGUGGCUGAGACUGAGGCCAUACUCCCCAGUGCUGUGGCCUCUGAGCUGGAGCAGUCCACAGAACUGGACUCACUUUUCAAAGGCUUGGCCCUAACUGUGCAAUGGGAAUCCUGAAGGGAAAUCGGAGCGAGCAGGCCUAGGCUUCCUCCUGCCCCACCCAGCUAACGACCCCUCACCCAGUAAGCCACAGGUUCUAAGGCCCAGCCCCACAUGGGUUCCCUAGAGAGAAUGAGAGGGAGAUUUGGGCCCCAUGUGGGAAUCCAGAUGUAUGGUGAAGACUCUAGUGGAGAAGUAACAGGCAGGGGGCAUGUGCAAAUGGCCUGUGGCACAGAGCCCAGCAGACAGGACAGAGUGAGGUAAUGCAGGGAAAUCUGGAGAGCCAUCCAAGCUCCCUAAUCUAGUUUAACCAAGAGUGAGGUGUCCACCAUCUCCGAAGGAUCUUGGACUGGAAGGUGGGGGGCCAAGCAUACUAGGCACUUUGGCCGAGCAGCAGCAAGA